AUGGUAAUUAAACAAGACGUACUGGUAUUUGGGGAAAUUCGACAUGCAAAAAAGUCUUUCGAAGAAAUGAAAGAGAGAUAUGAGUUCAAGGAGUUUAAUUCUACGAAAAACGAUUUUUUGUUGGAAGCGACUACGAAAUAUGAAAAAGUAGUCGCAAUAUUAUUAGCUCAUGGAGCCGAUCAGAUUGUAGAUAGGUUUGAUACUGAAGUGUUGGAUGCACUUUCACCAGAUGUAAAUGUGAUAUUGGUGAUUGGAAAUGCAUCAGAUUUAGUUGAUGUUAAAGCUGCUACAGAGAAUGGAGUAUUUGUUGCCGAUACAGUCUCCGAAUUUCAAUUGACCGAAGAGGAAAUAGAACAAGCAGCACUUGAUAAUCUUGAAUUCGCAUUAAUAACAGGAGUACCCAAAGAUACGGUUAACAAGAUUGAAGAAGUAUCGGAAGUAGCGGCCGGUAAAGCCGUGGAAUUGGUAGCAGCAAAUGGUGAAAUGAAUGAUUUAGAUCUUUCCGAUAUUCAAAUAAACAUUUAA